UGAAAUGUUGUAGAUAAAGCCUUGUUUGGAGAUGGAUCGUAAUCUUUGUUUUGUUGCAAGUGUAGAAUAAAUGUAGCUGCCAUUUUCUGUGAUCAAUGGAUAUUUUAACACCACGCAUACAGUUUUAUUAAUAUUAAAAACGACGUAACAGCAGUAAAAAUGAUUCGGGCGGGUAAUUAAGUUGAUCGAGUGUACUGCAGUAUGAGCUGAAUAUAUUGAGUUGAUCUAUCUGCAGUCAGCUUAUUGAAAAUAACUGAAUGCAGAAAUAGAGAAGAGAAAGAAAAGAUUGAAAAAUCAACUAUGGUGUCCCAGUUACUCAAAUCAGCUGAAAAACAAAUGCCACUUCCUCAUCAGUGUCUUCAAGUCAUUUUACAAGAUCAUAAUUAUGGUGCUCCUCUACCUCGCACACCGCCACCUCAUACACCGACUGAAGUUAUAAAAAAUCCGUUAAAAGAGUUAGAUCCCUUGAUUAAGGUUGUAAAACAAACAUCUCAGAUUUUGAAUCAAGUAGACGAUGAUACAGCUAGUGCUAUAAGCAGUGAAGUUGGUCGUGAAAUUGAACCAGAAGGAGAGGAAACUGAAACUGCCCCAGAGGGUGGAGAUGAUGAAGACAGUAUUACUCGCUGCAUAUGUGAUUUUGAACAUGACGAUGGUUACAUGAUAUGCUGUGAUCAAUGUUCGGUGUGGCAACAUGUAGAUUGUAUGGGCAUUGAUCGUACUAAUAUCCCAGACGAAUAUUUAUGUGAAGAAUGUAGACCACGUCGGGUGGAUCGAGCUCGUGCGCGAGCCUUACAAAUGCGGAAACGAGAAGAACUUUUGAAUUCAGAUACGUCAUCAGAUAGCUCAUCAUGUUACUCUACUGAUACAGAUGUUUCUUGUGAUGUUACCAAAAAUUGUCAACAUUCGAUGACAUAUCAAUCCAUUCGGAAAAAAAAAUCUGAUUUGUUAAUUUUUUGUCAAACUGGAACUGGUCGAAUCAAAAAUAGCACCAAGAAUGUGAAUAAACAAAAAAAAAGUAAUAAUAGUCUGCAAUUGGAUUCUAUAUCUAGUAAUAAAAAAGAGGCAUCUGAUACUUCGGUUCCAACAUUUUUGUCAUCAAAUACCAGCACAACAAUUUCAGCGACAGAGAAUGUGGAUUUAGUUUCUACUCAAGUAAUAAGGCAACGACGAGAAUUAUCGAAAAAAAGUUCAAAAAAGUACAAAACUUUGGUAGAUGAUAAAAAAAGUAAUGUCCAAAAAUACAUGGAUUCCAAUACCAUGCCGGUCAAGUGGACUGACACAUAUGAAGAAGCUGUUACGAAUCAUUACAGUCCUGAACUAAGAGCAAAAAUAUCAGGUGUUAAGAUCAAUGGGACCAUGAAUGAAUUGAAGCAAUCUAAUGUUCAAACUAUAACGGAAAAGUGCUGUGUAGAUAAACAGUCUCACAAUAUAAAGUUCCUUGUUUCUACAAUGUUUUUACCUGCAAAUACACCAGUAAUAGAAUUACGAGGCAAGUAUAUGUUAAGCACACAGCAUAAGGUUUCUAUCUUAUCACAGCAACGGCAACAUUUACAACAACCUGGAUCUUUCGUUUUCUUUUAUCGCCUGCCGCAGGAUGGGAUAGAAGUAUGUGUUGAUACAAGAACUUAUGGAAAUAAUGCACGGUUUGUUCGUCGCAGCUGCAAACCUAAUGCUGAAAUUAAGCAUUGCAUCGAGAAAGGUGUAUUACAUCUUUACAUCGUAACGAGUAUGAUAAUUGAAAAAAACAGCGAAAUCACCAUAGGGCAUAAUCAGCACGGUGCGAUUGUUUCAAAAAAUUAUAAUACUACACAUCAGACGCCCAAGUGCAACUGCAACAAUGCGAAAACGUGUGAAUUACAAAAUUUCAUGAUUAGAUCUCUGGAUAGUAAAGUAGACAGUGAUUGUUUAUACGAAAACAUUGUCAAGCGUGAAAAAAAGCGUCGAGGUAGAAAAAGAAAAAGCGUAGAAAAGUUGUUAAUCAAAAGUGAUGAAUCAAUUCCUUUAACAGAAAAGCUUAUCGAUUCGAUUGUGACAUCAACAUCCACGAAAAAAAGUAUUAGCAGAAGAAUAAAAGAAAACAUAAAAACUAAUGGCAACAACAUGGCAUUUAAAACUACGAAUAAUCAUGAAGUUCAAAGUAGUGUAAGUGCCAUUAUGUCCAUAACUCAUGAGCUGAAUAAAGAAGAUAUUCAUCAAUCUCAAAAUUUCCAUGGUAGGCAGUCAUGUCAAAGUUCUAGGGACGAAACAAUUACAAACUUAAAUACCAAAACAGAAUUAAACAUUACUCUUGAAAAAAAAGAUAAAAAGAAAUUAACUCGGGAAGAGAGAAAAAUGGAGGCUAUCAUAAAAGCUUUUGAACGACUUGAGAAGGCCGAACAAAGAAAACAAGAAGUUCGAGCUCGAAACACUCAACGAAAAGAAUCCUAUGGUACAAACAGUGACAAUGAUGAUAGUAGUUAUCAAACAUCUAAAUGCAAACAACUUAUAAAUGAAAAAACUCCUCGACGUAAAAAACGGAAAGGUAGAACCAGAUCUAUGAGUACCAUACAAUUGAAGGCUGCCCGUAGAAUGCGACAAAGUUCAGCUGAGUCAGAUAUUAUUACAUCUGGUGAUGAAAAUAAUUCUAUACAACUAUCACCACCCACAAUGCAUAAAUGUUUGAACUCUAACGCAGAAAUCUCGCAAUCAACAACUUCAGUGGAUGCUGGGUUAUUGCUUGCUCUUGCAAAUCCAAAUGAUUCUGAAUCAUGUUUAAUGAUGGAACAAGAAAAAGAAAUAACUUUUUUUGACAAACAAACAUCACCAAUUCAACAGGCUGCUCAUAUUAAAAGCCCCAAUGGUGAUAGUGGUACCAGUAGUAGCUCUCAAAACUCAACCCCAUCCACACCACUAUCAUCGGCUUGUUUGUUAGUAGCAGCUGCGGUUGAACCCUUGGCACCUGGUUUUAAAUUUCCUAAAACGAAAAAACUACUUAUAAAUGAGUGGCUUAAAGAAGAUCAGCCUUCUCAGAUAAAUGACUUUCAAAGAUUCGAGCCAUUUCUAGUUAAUGCUGAGCAAUUGCCCGAAUCUCAUUUGCAUAACUCUGCUACUAAAAGCUUAGCUACGCUCGUACAAGCUGCACAGUCUGUUUCAUGUAUGUCUCAUAAAUACCGUCUAAGUAGUAAACGAGAAAUGACUGACAGCCCUACUCUAAAUUCUACAUCUCUUAGUUCUGGAGGUUCUGCAAAAAAACGUUGGCUAAGACAAGCUAUAUCAGAAGAAUGUGACUCGCCUACGAGCAACAGACCUGAAAGUCCACCAAACGAAAUGGUUGCUCCUCCAAAAAAAAGGAGAACAGCAAGAGAAAGUUUAUCUUCUGAUAAUAACACACCACCUACCACGCCAACCAUGAUACUUCCAGAUAGCUUAGUAAUAUCAUGCCAACAUUCUAUAAAUGAGGAUGACAUAAUGGAACGUAUAUCGUCUUUCAACACUGAUAAAAAACAGUUAUCAGAGAUCUAUGAUAUUAGUUUAUCGAGAGAAGAAGUUGAUUCAGGAAUUGAAAUGGUAAAUAAGAUAGAUGAAACAGUGGAAGUUAGACCUAAAGAGGAACAACAAUUAUAUCUUUCAACAAAAUCAGAGAAAGAGGUCGCUGUAGGUACCGUUCCUGAAAAUUCUAUGGAUACUAGUUUUGUUUCUAAAAAAAAUCUUGAUAAUUUACCGCAAUGCAAACUCAAUGUUCGGUGCUCUAGUAAUUUGGAACUUGAAACAAAUGUAGAUGUAAACAAGGAAUCACAAUUAAAUGAAAUGACGGGAAGUAUUGUUUCUGGAAAAAUAUUAACAAACACAGAUUAUUUGAAUGUUGACAGAUCAGCAGCAGAAGUCUCAGCUACAAAGUCAAAAAUCGAACUACUACAGGCUUUAGUAUGUCAAUCAGAAAAAAAUAAAAUUAUUACAUUGUCAGAAAACUUCUAUAAUGAAGAAAAAACAUGUAUGGAUGUUACAACUAAUGCAAUGCAGGUUACUUGUAAGAAAAAUGAAUCUGUUGAAAAAUAUGCCAUGGAUAAUAGGAUCGAAAAAGCAGUUGGUUGUUUAGACAGUACAAAAAAUUAUACAGAUUAUUUCAGAGAAAAUCCUUGCGUUUAUUCGAAAACCAAUAAAACUUUAAUAAGCAAAAAGAUAUUAUUAGGAACUUCAAGGAAAGAUUUAGAUUCUGACUUUGAGUACGUUAAAAAAAAAAAUAAAAGAAAAAAAAAUUUAAGAUUUAUAAAAAACUCUUGCAAAUCAGUGACGAGUUUGGAAUAUUUAAAAAAAAAUGAUGUGAUAUCAAGAGCCAAUAGUGAAUCUUUACCACAGAAAAAAGAAUCAGAAAAAAUCGAGAAAACAGAAAAUUGUUUGAGAGAUAAAAUUAGUGAGCAUAAAGAAAAGACGAAUUUGUCACUUAAAGAAUCUCCUGGUUCUAGCACCAAUAAAACCAUUGACACAGCUCAAUAUUUUUGUGGAGUCAAAAACUUUGAGUCUGUUGAGGAUUCAGAUAAUAGGCAAUCACACACGUCACAUAUGCUUAGUAGUUUAACUUGUAAAAAAUCUAUAUCACAGUUAGAUGCAAUGGAACUACCACCUGAAAAUGGAUUGACAGAACCUCUCCAAAUUUUUUCUUCUAUCCUACCUCUAAGUGAAAGAAUUCGUAGAAAAUGUGAUUCGAAUACGUUGACAAAAUCUAAGUUAGAAAUUGAGGCUUCUCUUAAAUUGUCACUGGAUUCAACAUUUGAAUCAAAAAAUCACGUGACUCACGAAAAAAAAAAAAUCUCGGAAGCCUUAAAAGAACUAUUGGAGGCUAAACUAGACACUGAAGAUGAUCUUCCUAACAAGAUUUCUUCGAAUUCUGUAGAUAGAAUAACUACUAAAGAAAAAUCGAUUACUAGAAGUCAAAUUCAUUCAGAAGAAAUAAUUACAACUCAAGACUCUGAAGAGCCGAGCUGGAUGGGACUGUACACUACAUUAAAUCAUAAAAAUACUAAAAAAAUGUCGAUAAAAACAGUAAAGGAAGAACCUUUAAUAAAGCACGCCAGAUUAAAGGAUCCAAGAACAGUAGUGCCAAAUAAAUUAAUCGCAUUCUCUCUGCAGAAAAAUGACUGUCCCUCUUCUAUAAAGCGAAAGCUAUCUAUUUCGGAGUAUCGGAAACGAAAGCAACAGUCGCUUGGUACACCACCAGAAUCAGAAAAUUUAGUGACAUCCAUAAACAACCCAAGCACCAUACAAGACGAUUUAGAAAUAAUGAGCAGUGGGGCUUCAUCAACUAGCUCAGACGAAGAAAAUGUUUCUAAAAUGUCUUUGGAAGAAUCAAAUUCUAGUGGUCAGCCUACAUUUCAUGCAGCAGAAAUCGGUGAGAAAAAAGGUGGUGAAGAUGGAGCAAUGGGUUGGUCAGCAGCACCCACGCUCGUCGAACGCCAAAGAGAAAAUUUGACGGAAAGGUUAAAACGCGAGUUUGGUCUUUUUUUGAAUGACGAUGAAGAGGAAAAAACUCGCAAACAAGGCCCAAGUAUCGAUGUUUCUCCGAAAUUAUCAAGUUCUACAUCAACUGAUACAGCAAGUGGGAUAAAUUAUCCGGUUAUGCAGCUGCCACCUCAACCAUACAUUCCUCCACCAGGAGUACCUUUGUAUCAUUGUCCAGAAUAUUUGCCAAAGUCUAAUGCAAAGUCUGACGUGGUCCAGCAUCCCAUUAUUUUGCAAGAGCAAUCUACCCUACCUGCUCUUCCAACUCUAAAAAUAAAAGAGUCAUCGACGCUGCCAGUAUUAAAAGGUGUGAAUCAGCAAAAACAAACAUGCCUCGAACUGUCAUCAACACAAAAUCAGAUUUCUAUGCCACAAGCACCUCCAGGUUCAAAUCCCUAUCCACCUCUCAAGUUUUCAGGUGUGUCACAACUACCUCCCCCUUUACCCGUUCCUCCGCCAUCUACCUUAGUUUCAGCACGCUACAACUCACCAAUAAGCAAACAACCUCAAGUUACGAUCACAUCUGUGAAUUUAACUUCAUCAUCAUUGUUGCAAAAGAAACUUUGGGUUGAUUUAGAGUCGGAAUCGUAGUAGUCUUCAAUUAUGUUUUGUAACAGAAAGACCUUUGUAAAUAGAUUAAUUUUUGUAAUACAGGAAUAGAAGGUUGUACUAAGUGAAUCGCCAACUUGAUCCAUUAUUUAAUGCAGUCAGACACUGCUUAAGCAUUUUGUCAGUUAUCGGGAAAACGAAGUACUCUAAAGCUGUGUAUACCAAACAAGACAAAGGCAGACUUAAAGGCAUAGUUAUAAAUUGACCCUGAAGGGUGGCACUCAUUCCUUGUAUUUUCGCAGUGUACAUAUAUUGACUAAUGUUCGAAUGCCUGUGCCUAUACUUCUAUUUAUGUUUUAAUUGGUGUAUGUGGAAUCACUCUAAUAUUGUUGACACUAUUAAAGUGUGUGUAUGGGGGGAGGUUAGGUGUGUGUGUGUGUGUACACUUACUGUAGCAUAUUUAUGCACAUGCGUAUGCACGUAUCUGAAAUAUUCCAACACUUUAUUUAAAAUAAAUGAAAACGUCUUUAAAUGUUAUCAAUCAAAAGUCUAAGCGCUAAGUGUCUCUUUUUGCCCUUAGUAGAGGAUGCGAAGUACUACACUUUUUUGUGGACUAAAAUAUUUUGUAUUCUUAGAGAAAAAAGUAGUGUUCUGCUCCUCCUAUGUAAAAAAUACUACAAUUAAUUGUGAACCCUGAUAAAUAAAAAAAAAUUAUACAGAAACUAUUUCACAGCUAUGUGCUAUAAUAUUUGAGAAGUAUCACAAUCUAGAUUGUUCUCUGGCAUUAAACAAUAUAAGAUAUGUAUUUUUGAUUCAUUUACAUGCAAGGGACCAGAACAGCUUUCUUUUUUUACGUCACCAAAUCAUAUUAUCUGUAAAUUUAAUUUUAAAAAACACAUGUUAAU